AUGUCAGAUCCUGCAGAGUACACUGUGGGCUGGAUAUGCGCCUUGCCCGUGGAAUACGUUGCCGCACAAGAAUUCCUCGAUGAAGAGCACAAAAAACCCAGCUUUGUGUCGCCAAAUGACACAAACGACUAUACAUUAGGCAAGAUGCACGAGCACAACGUUGUGAUCGCCGUCUUGCCUGAUGGUGAAUAUGGUACAGCUUCUGCGGCCAAUGUAGCGACGAACAUGCUGAAUACCUUUCACAACGUCAGGGUAGGCCUUAUGGUCGGCAUCGGUGGUGGCGUGCCAAGCGAAAAGCACGACGUUCGCCUAGGCGAUGUCGUGGUCAGUGCGCCUCGUGGUGGUGAAGGAGGUGUCUUCCAGUAUGACUUUGGCAAGUCCAUCCAAGGGCAAAGUUUUCAGCAUACACGGUUCUUAAACCAGCCACCAACUACACUUCGCACUGCGAUGACGGGAAUACAGGCGCAAUAUAAGAGAAAAGGUCAUAAGCUUACGGAGGCCAUCGACAUCAUUCUCGACACAAAUGUUCGGCUGCGCAGCGAGUAUGAACGUCCAGAAUCAACCACAGAUAGACUCUUCCGGCCCUCUGUCAACCAUAAAUUAGAUUGUGGUGCUGAAUCCUGUGCAAACGAUGACUCAAACUGGCUUCCGCGGCGUGAGCGAUCCGAUCAUGAAGAUAAUCCUGCCAUUCACUAUGGUCUUAUUGCAUCUGCCAACCAGUUAAUGAAGAACGCUUGGGUUCGAGAUCGACUCGCCGCAGAAAAAGAUAUCCUCUGUUUCGAAAUGGAAGCUGCGGGGCUGAUGAAUACUUUUCCAUGUCUGGUCAUCAGGGGGAUCUGCGAUUAUUCGGACUCACACAAGAGCACAAUGUGGCAAGGGUAUGCAUCUAUGGUAGCAGCUGCAUAUACAAAGGAUCUCCUACAGAGAAUUCCUCUCAACAGAAUUGAAGCCGAGGAGAGGAUAAAUGCUGUUGUGUCUGAGGAGCUGAAAGGUAUCCAACAUUGCUUAGAUCAAGCAUACCGUCAAAACGAACGGCACUUUAGUCAGCAGAAAGCAAGAGUCUUGACUGAUCAACAGCGCCUUUGUCACCAAUUGUUCAAGGUCGUCAACUACGCGGAGCAAAAGAACAUAAACCCUCAACGAGCUGAUGGAACCUGCAAAUGGGCUUUCCAGAGCUCUGCAUACAUCCGUUGGUGGGAGAGCAACCGUAACGAACUUCUCUGGGUUUCUGCUGAUCCAGGCUGUGGCAAGUCUGUCUUAGCCAGAUCAAUAAUCGAUGAUUACUCAGAGACCUCUCAUCCAACUGUGAGAAUAUGUUACUUUUUCUUCAAAGAUAAUGAUGAACAGAACAAUCUUGCUACGGCACUAUGUUCGGUACUUCACCAGCUCUUCAGCCAGCAGUCUAGUCUAUUGACAUAUGCCAUUCCGACCUGGGAAAAGAAUGGGGGGGCGCUCCGACAAGAAGUUGACGAGCUUUGGCAGAUCUUGAUGGCGGCAACAUCAGCUGACAUAUCGUGCAAGACCAUUUGCAUAUUCGAUGCACUUGAUGAGUGUCGUGAAACGGAUCGGCGCCGAUUAAUUGAAAAGCUCCAAGCGUUUCAUCUCCAGCCAUCUUCAUCAACAGAGGAAAGCUGGUUAAAAUUCCUUGUGACAAGUCGUCCCUACGAUCAUAUACAGGAUCACUUCCGAGCAAUCACCGAUUAUUUCCCGCAUAUACAUGUCAAGGGGGAGGAGCAGAAUGACCAAAUCCAUCAAGAGAUUGAUUUGGUGGUGAGGACUCGGGUGAGAGAAUUGGCUGAAACAGUACCACUGUCACCAGAGCUUCACCAUCAAGUUGAAAGAAAGCUGCUUCAAAUGGAACACCGUACAUAUCUUUGGCUGCAUCUAGCCAUUGGUGACAUCCGUGCUACCUUGAAACACAGCCUUCGGCCCGGAGCGAACUCGAUCACACUGCUACCGUCUUCUGUGAAUGCAGCAUAUGAAAAAAUCCUUUGUCAAGUCCCAGUUGAUGAGAUAGACAUAGUCAAAAAGAUCAUGGAAAUCAUUGUGGCGGCGCGACGUCCCCUGACAAUACAAGAGAUGGCCAUUGCGUUAGGAAUUGCCACCUGCUCAAAACCGCUAACAACAAAGCAGGCUCGGUUAGAUUCAAGCAAUUUAAAUGAAAAGCUUCGGCAGUUAUGCGGGCUCUUUGUUUUUACCAGCAAAUCAAAAAUCUACCUCAUCCACCAAACAGCCAGAGAGUUUCUCAUCAGCAAAGGGUUUGUGCGACCAGAGAGUAUGGUAUGGCAAGGAUGUGUCAAUGACCAAGAUGCCAAUCGAGUCCUGUCGGAAAUUUGUGUGGCUUACUUACACGAGGAAAUCCAAAAGGGUUCGUGCCAACUCCCCACGGGUGCAGAAUAUUGCACUGAAAGUGAUGCCUUUUUGAGGUAUUCCGCAACAUAUUGGAUUGAGCAUGUGCGUAGCACAAGCGGUUUCGAGUCUCGCUUUCUUCGCCUGGCGGGUAGCCUCUGUUGUGUAAAACAGGCAUCAGUGUGGCUCAGAUCCGUAGAGCCACCGUUCCGGUACUGUUGCUAUGCACAUGAGCCACUGCCGUUCUUCUGGGCAGCGAGGUGGGGAUUGGACGAUGUCGCAUACUUGCUUUUGGAAGAUUCAAAGAUCCAGAUAACAACUGAAGUUUUGGAAAAAGCUGCGGCUAAUGAGCCUGCAGUCAUGAAAUUUCUUCUAGAUCGAAAAGGAGAUGAAAUCAGGAUCACUGAUAGUGUUGUGCAAGAGGCUGCCGCCAAUCAGGAGAGUGGACUCGCAAUCAUGACAAUUCUGAUUGAACGAACUGAACGGAGAGGAGAAGAAUUAAAGAUUGUCAAUGACGUUCUGCAAAAUGCUGCAAGGAAUGGAAAAAGUGGGUUGGCAAUCAUUAAGCUUCUUGUGGAAUUCCUUCAUCGCGGAGGCAACAAAGUCACGAUCACGGGCAAGGUCUUGGAAUCUGCCGCAGCGAACUGGUGGAGUGGACUGGACAUCAUACAGUACCUGAUAGAUCGAAAGGAUGUCGCAGUGAGGAUCACACGAAGGGUCCUAAGAAUGGUCUUGAAGCAUCCUCUUGGGGACGAUAUUCUACGCCUUCUACGCCCAAGAAGUUCCCUAAUCAGAAGGAUCCUCCGGAAGAAAAUCCCGAAUCACACCCGCGCACGCCUCGGCGGCAAUGUCAAAUGGAACAUAAGAAGGAACAAAGCAAAGCUGAAUAUGAAAGCCAAGCAAACGUGCCGUAGUGAUUAG